CUAGGAUAGCCUGAGAAUCUGACAAAAUGUCCUGUCACGGAGCAGGUUGCACAAGCUUCACAAACCAAUGUGUAGCUAUCAUUCAGGGGCUCAGUUCUCCAAUACCAGGACUGGUUGAUAAGUCUGGGUUUCCAAUCAGUGCUCCCGGCGCCGGCACUUGGGGCGUCAACUACACUACAUGUGAGAAGUAUUGCGGCUUCUCCAAGAUUUCAGUCGCAAGCACCUUCAACUUCGCCACAUUUGCGGCCGCGAUGACCAGUUACUUCUUGCCCUGGCUGGCCCUCACCGCUCAAUUACCCUUCGAGAACGCGGGGCCCAGUGAGACUUUCGUGGGUCUUUGCCUUGCCAUCGGAAGCCCUGCCCUCAUCACUUACUCUCUAGCCCUGACGCUCUUCAACCGUAGCUGGGCAGUUGAUACAGUCCGGCGAAUACUCAACAGGUCCCGCAGAUAUAACAGAGAAGCUGCUGCUGAAAUUAGGCUUAUUGAAGAUCGACUGAAAUCGUUUCUCUGCCUCGCUGUCGAGGGGCAACAAGUUCCCCUCCGGGCGACCGUUGCUCACCACUGGCUUAGCAGCCUCAUUGUAUCUCCAGUAAACCAGGCAUGGUGGACAGCGCUGAGAGACCACAUCACUAAUAGUCGUCGAAGGCCAUCCCUCUCCUUCCACGUUCAGGUAGGUCUGGCUGGAUGUGUGUGGCUUUUUACGAUCAUCUCCGGCGUGCAGGUGGCGUUGGGAGCCAUCAACACUGCUAUCCACCUUGCAACGUCAACACUCUGGGUCUGGUUGAUUCCGGUAACCUGGGGGUGGAUCUGGGCGGGAACUCAGUAUCAUAAGGGAUCUGUCACAAUCAGUAAAGCUCUACAGGCUGCGACGGCCUAUCAUGCGCUUCCAGCAUCAGAGGAUUUUGCAGAGAGUCCAACGCAGGAUGGAGUGCAAAUAGGCAUCUGGGUAGACGUGGAGUCAGGCCUUACCCUGGAGCCUAGACAAGCAGAGGCGCAACAAGUGACCAUGGGUCCCGUGGGCCAUCAACCUUCUAGGCUGCCUGAAACCCUGAUGAUGAAUGUUCGUGGGGAUGAAAGACAGGAGGGUCCGGUGUACAACUACGCUCGCGUCUUUACCUGGUCAGCGUUCACCCGGCGCAUAAUUGAUGCCUUCGACACAACCUUGACGAGACUGGGGAAUGGUGUGAGAUGCGACAUGCUGGAUCUACAACGAACUCAGCAGCAGGCUCAGCAGGGACCUCCCAUUGGUGGUUCAAUUCUAGUUGGAACCGCAAGCCAGACAUCAACUUACUGCGGCCUACCUGUCAGUUACCCCGAUAUUCCACCAACCAAUCAACCCACCCCGGUCAGAGCGUACAUCAACUUCUCCGAAAUGGGUGUAGACGUCUACAAAAGAAUUCUGGAGGCCCUCAUCGUGGCUCUCUUCACACAGUGGGGCACGACUGGGGCCGCUAUCAUUAUGGCCUAUUACACCCCCAUGAUAGGGUUUGGCUGCCGGUCGGGGUCCUACCUCCUAUAUGGCAUCUUAAGUACGGUUGUGCUUUUCAUCCUUAUACUAUCCAUGGCUCUAUCCCACCAGGCCAUGAGGAUGUAUCAGGCUGAGCAUAUUCGACCCCCUACCACCAACUUCUCAAAGAGAUGGACAGUGACUUGGACGCAUUGGCUCUUCUGCUUUGGUUCGAAUAUCACUCGGCUCGCUGGCAAGUUCCUUGCUGUCGCAAACUCCAUUGUCCUGGUCCAGAUUGCUGUCCUUGAGUUUGUCGGUCUUUUUGACAAUUGCUGGUGUAAAUCAUGUCACUUGCAGUUCGGAGACAAUGGAUACGCGGUGCUCUUCCGGUCUAAUGAAGACUAUCAGAAGAUUGCUGAGGGAUCUUGGAUCGGGGGACUUUCGAUGGCUACAAUUGUGACCUCUAUCCUCUGUUUAAUAUUUUUCUUUUCGACAAGAAAGGGUUAG